CCCUGCCCUCACGCACUGGGACUGCUUCUGGAACCAGACACGUUCCUCUCGGGGCAUAAACAUCUGAGUACACGCCAUGCGGGAAGCCGUGGACUCCAGGGGCCAUGAGCACAGACGGCUCUUCUCUGUGUCUCCAGACUCCCGGGCUCAGCUCUGCCGCUUUGUCACCGUGUGUAUCUUCACGUGCACCGGUCAGCAUGCUUCUCUGCCCACCUGGGCCAGCCGGACGGGUUUUGCUGGGUCCCUAAUGGCCCGCGCACCACGCGGAGGCCCCCGCCCGUCUCCAAGGACGCGACAGAGAAGGACACAGUGGUCUCCUUGCUCCACGCCCACCGGGCCCGUGGCCUUGGGGCAUCAUGAGAAGUAUUUCUCAGGCCUGGAGCCCCAGGCGGUGCUGGAGCAGUUCCAGGAGGAACUGGGCCCAGUGUGGAGCCCAAGGCGGGACUUGAACUCAUGACCCUGACAUCAAGACCUGAGCUGAGAUCAAGAGUCCCAUGCUUUUUUAAAAAAAAAUU